GAAUCAAGAAUAAGUCUCCCCUCCACUCCACUAAUCUUUCUCAACCGCCCCUCCCCCGAAGUUGGUUCUCUCUCUUCACAAGUUCCCAUAACUACCCAAGACGUGCGGGGGCGGGACAGGUGGGAACGCAUUAACAACACUUAAAUCUGAAGUUGACAGCCAAAGGUACCAGUUUGGUGGGGAGACUUUCGGAAGCUCCCUUACACACUGCUCGGCGUUUGCUAUUGCCGCUGUAUAUUUCAGCUCAUUUCUUUUUGCUGCUGCUGCAGCUGCUGCUUUGCGCUGCUCCGUCACGCCUUUAUCUCGUCGCUGCCAAAGGAGCCCGAAGCAGGAUAAAUUCCACGAGAUUCCCCAGCGGUUUCGUUCCUGUCCGAGGUCGCGCAGCGGAUCCACCGACUGGCGCCAAUAUCAAGAGGCAAGGAGGUGCCACCCAGGGCAGCGCUGGAAGAGGAGCGGGAGGAGGAGCGCGGAGACCUGCGUCCCUACCCGCCGUGCGUACUUUCUGGAGGGAAGGGCGGGGGAAUUAGCCUCGGGAGGGGGACGCUUGGUGGCGAGGGGGUUAUUAGCCAAGUUCCGGCUACGGUGGUCCCCCUCGGCUCCCACAAGAGGAAAGUUUUCUCCAGACGUUUCCGGCCGGCUCGCUCCCUCCGGGCCCAGCCUCCCGAGCCUUCGGAGCGGGCGCCGUCCCAGCCCAGCUCCGAGAAGACGCGAGCCGCGAUGCCUGGGGGGUACUCCCGAGGCCCCGCCGCCGGGGACGGGCGGCUGCGGCUGGCGCGGCUGGCGCUAGUCCUCUUGGGCUGGGUCUCCUCGUCCUCUCCUACGUCCUCCGCGUACUCCUCCACCUCUUCAGUGUCGUUCCUGGGCUCGGCGGUGUCUGCUCAGCCUCCACUGUCGAGCCAAUGCCCACCGAUGUGCGAGUGCUCCGAAGCGGCGCGCACCGUCAAGUGCGUGAACCGCAACCUGACCGAGGUGCCCGCGGACCUGCCACUCUAUGUGCGCAACCUCUUCCUCACCGGUAAUCAUCUGGCCGUGCUCCCCGCCGGCGCCUUUGCCCGCCGCCCGCCGCUGGCCGAGCUGGCCGCGCUCAACCUCAGUGGCAGCCGCUUGGUGGAGGUGCACGCCGACGCCUUCGAUCAUCUGCCUAGCCUGCGCCAGCUCGACCUCAGCCACAACCCACUCGCCCAUAUCAGUCCCUUCGCCUUCUCGGGCAACAACACCAGUGCUUCUGUUCCCAGCCCCCUGGAGGAACUGAUCCUGAACCACAUCGUGCCCCCUGCAGACCAGUUACUGAAGCAGAACCGAAGCUUCGAGGGCAUGGUGGCCGCGGCCCUGCGCACGGGCCACGCACUACGCGAGCUGCGUAGCCUGGACCUGGGCAGCAAUCAGUUCCUUUACCUGCCUCGGGACGUGCUGGCUCAACUGCCCAGCCUCAGGCACCUGGACCUGCGGAACAACUCGCUGGUGAGCCUGACCUACGUGUCCUUCCGAAACCUGACAUACCUAGAAAGCCUCCACCUGGAGGAUAAUGCUCUCAAGGUCCUUCACAAUGGCACCCUGGCGGAGUUGCAAGGCCUGGCCCAUGUCAGGUUAUUCCUGGACAACAAUCCCUGGGUCUGCGACUGCCACAUGGCGGACAUGGUGGACUGGCUCAAGGAGACAGAGAUAGUUCAGGGCAAAGCCAGGCUCACCUGUGCAUUCCCGGAAAAAAUGAGGAAUCGGGUCCUCUUGGAACUCAACAGCUCUGACCUGGACUGUGACCCUGUCCUCCCGCCAUCCCUGCAGACUUCUUAUGUCUUCCUGGGUAUUGUUUUAGCCCUGAUAGGCGCUAUUUUCCUCCUUGUUUUAUAUUUGAACCGGAAGGGGAUAAAAAAGUGGAUGCAUAACAUCAGAGAUGCCUGCAGGGAUCACAUGGAAGGGUAUCAUUACAGAUAUGAAAUCAAUGCGGACCCCAGGUUAACAAACCUCAGUUCUAAUUCGGAUGUCUGAGGAGCAGUAGAGGACUGGGGAAAAAGGACAACUCUGCAUGAGGUGUAGACUUAAGCUUUAUCCAGUAUUAGGCUUGCUCUACUUCCACCCUCCACUAUAGACACCACUGACUUUGAAAGCAGUGAAGGGGUUUUGCUUCUUGUUACGUAAAUUUUCUCGGUGUGUUCUAUUAAUGUAAGAAUGUAAGACGAUGAACAACUGUGCAUAGUGUUUUGCCCUCUUUCUUUUCUUGGAACUCCUCAACACAUGUGGAGUGAUUUUUCAAGUUUCAGCAUGGACUCCUUGCUGUUUCUCUUAGUACACAUCAAGGUGUAGCAAGUGUACCUACACAGAUAGCAUCCAACAGAAACGGCCUCAACUUUUUUUUGAGAAAAAUACUUUAUUCAUAAAUAUCAGUUUUAUCCUCAUGCAUCCCAUGAACUGCCUGCAGACCUUAGCAAGCUCUUAAAAUAACUCUGUAGUGCACAGGAGCACCUGCAUCCAAGAGCAUGCUUACAUUUUACUGUUCUGCAUAUUACAAAAAAUAACUUGCAACUUCAGAUAACUUCUUUCACAAAGUAAAUUACUUUUUUUGAUUGCAGUUUAUAUGAAACUGUACUGAAUUUUUUCUUUUUAUAAACUGCAUCAAGAUUGAACAGACUGAAUUGUUGGAAAAAUUCAAUAAAGAUUCUUAAAAGAAUUACACUGUGUUCAAGUUUGGUAUUUGAAAAAUGGAUGAAGGGCAAUAAUACUGAAUGGUCUUGGUUCAGAUGAUAAUUAAGUUAUUGGUUAGCAAGCUGAGCAAGGUCUUAUAUAAAUAGUCUUGGAAGAUAGUUUUGAAGUGGUAGAUUCUUUUAGGAUUUAAAUAGAGUAUUUGAAUAUUUAUGUGACUACAUUUCUCAUGGUCCCAAAGUUAAUGCUAUUCAUGAAACAAUUUUGUAAGAGCUUUAUGAAGCUGGUAAGAGUGAAGAGUUCUAUAUGAUAAACAGUUCACAGUUUGGGGCUUUUUCUGGACUAAUGAAGUUGUUAGGGCAGAACAAUAUUAUUUACUUAAUAAAACUCUGAAUUAAAUUGUUGUAUGAAUGUUUAAAGGGUAAAACAAAUAUAAUAGAAAAGUAUAAAGAUACAAUAUUCAGAAAUAAAGAUUUAAAAGUAUAAAGACACAGUAUUCAGAAAUAAAAGAUUUAAAAGUGUAAAUUUAAAAAGGAUUCUCUGAGGUUAUAAAGUAAAUUACAACUUGGAUUUUCUUGAGAAUAUUUUUUAAAAGCAUUUAAAUGAAAUAUACAUCAGAGACCCAGCUAAUAUAUUUUUUUAAAUUGUCAUAAUUGAAUUUAAGCUUGAGGAAAUAACCAGAGAUAAAAGUCUGUUUAUGUAAAAGUAUCUCAACUAAUCAGAGAUAUUAAUGUCCAGUUCAGGAUUUAAGAAUUUGAGGAUUUUUUUAUGU